UUGCUUUAUUACAGAAGACACGUGGCCCAAUCCCCCUCUGUUUCUUCGCGCCUUUUCUUCUUCCUCACAGCUGAGUAUUUGUUUUGUUUUUUCUGGGUUUCCCCACACAACUCCUUCCAAUCUUUCUCUUGGGGAGUUAAACAGCCGAAAGCUUCUGCUAUAAAUCAUAAAAGAAGAAAGAAGCUUCUUUCACAUUUUCUUUUUAUGACGGGAGUUUCUCUUACAUUUUCAAACGCCAUGAAUUUUGCUUCUGAAACUGGUAGUGUGAUUCUUGAGGCUGGUGCUACUGGAGAUCUUGCAAAACUUAAGGAGAUCAAGAAGAAGGUUGAUGAUGUCGAUUUCAGGAGGAUAUGUGAUGUAAUCAAUGACUUGUGCACUGGCCGGAGAGUCUUGCAUCACGCGGCUGAAAUGGGGCAUUUUCAAGUUUGCAAAUUCUUGAUUGAGAACGCCGGAGUCUAUAUUGAUGUCUUGACUGACAAAGAGGAUAGUCCUCUGAUGUUAGCUGCCAAAGCGGAGAAGGUCAACAUUGUGAAGUAUCUCAUCAGCAAAGGUGCAGAAGUUCAAAUGUCGAGUGAUAAGGGAUUCACUGCGUUGCAUUAUGCAGUUCAAAAAGGUAAUUUGGAACUUAUGGAAUUGUUGCUGAAGAGUGGUGCUGAUAUAGACGCAGAAUCUGUGGAUGGAACACCUCUGCAGUAUGCUGCAUCUUGUGGAAGUGUCGAGGCUGUGAAAUUUCUGUUGAAAAAUAAUGCAGAGCCGGAUGCAAUUACAUCAUUUUUUGGCUCUCCUCUGAUAAGUGCAAUCAAGUCUCGCUCUUUUGAAUGCAUGGAGUUGCUGCUUAAAGGUAAAGCUGAUCCUAAUCAGUAUUUAUAUGGGUUAAAUACUUUGUCACAUGCAGCAAAAGAAGGCGACACAAGAUAUCUCAAUCGCUUGAUUGAAGCUGGAGCAGAUCCAAGUUUAGUGAACAGCUCGAAUCAUUGCUUCCUGCAACCUGUUGAGCAUGCUGCUUUGGCACAUAAUCCUGGUGGUGUUGAGAUUCUCUUUCCAAAGACUAAACGGAUUCCGCGCUAUCCAAAUUGGAGCGUUGAUGGCAUAUUGGCCUACUGUCAUUCUGAAGAAACUAACACAGAGAGAGAGAAGUAUACGAAAGGAUACUUGGAAGUAGUAGAUGAUCUCGGCAAGAGUGCAGUGAAAAGUAAGGAUUACUUAGCUGCAAUUGCAUUCUAUACUGAGGCUGCUGUUGUUGAUCCAUUAAACAUAAAAUGGCUAGCAAAUCGAAGCCUGUGUUUUGCGCGUAUCGGUAGAGGUGUACCUGCUCUACGCGAUGCUGAGGAAUGCGUGAGGCACAGUCCAAAAUGGCCCAAGGCUCAUUACAGAGAAGGUUCUGCGUGGUUGCUAUUCGAGAACUAUUACAUGGCGGCGCGUGCAUUUGGAGAGGCCUCCAAAUUGGAUCCUAAUGACAAGGAGAUCUUGAAAGCACUCAAAGAUGCUCAGUGCAAAUAUAUAUCUAAGGUGGUUGUGUACUGCCCUAUGGAGACGAUCGACUUUAUCAACCAAUAUCUCUAGUUUUUAUAUAUCUCUAGCUUGCUUGGGAAAUUCUUGGUAACAUCAAGUAUUAUUUUUGGCUGUUUAUGUUCUGAAUUUCCCUAUUUUUUUGUGUAGAGAGAGCAUAUUUUUUUGUGGCAGCAGGAAAUAGAUACAAUGCAAAUAUUAUUUCAUUGGCUUUGGGAAUGCAUAUGAAAUCAAUUUAUAUUAA